UGUGAAAAUGAUUGUUUCUUGUGAGAUCAAAUUGAUUAGGAUUUCUGAAUCAAAGCAUUUGUUGUUCUUGUAUGAAAGUGAUGAACAUCUAUUUCUAUGGAUGUUUUUUAUUUUGGUAAAUUUUAUUUUCUUCUGCUUGCUGCUACUAAAAGGAUUUUGAAGGUUUUGAGAGAGGGGUCUGGGAGUGAUGCCAACAGAUAAGAAUAGGAGAUUUAAGCUACAUAGCUUCAAAGAUGUAAAAUGUGCCAGACUCCUUCCUGUAACCAUCACUGGCUUGAAAAUAAUGCUAAGUUUAGGGCAAGAUUUGGUUUUUUGCCUAUCAUACAAAACUUGGCAGUAUGGCCAAGUUAGAGAUUGGGUGUGGGGGGCAACCACCAAGAGCCUCGUGUAUGGGUGAAUCAAGGGCCAUUUCACAAUUGGAUUGGAGUUGUAAAAUGAAGGAUAGUUCUACCCUGCAAGUUUGUAUGAGGUUUCAGAACUUUCUUUGGGUCCUACCCUUUUCAAAUAUUGCAUAGUUUUAGCGGUCUUGUCAAGUAUUUGACUAUUUUAAGCAAAGACAUUCUCAUUGGAAGAACAUGAAAUGUUCCAAAUUCUUGCUCAUUUACCUGGAAUAUAAGAUGAUUAGGAACCAAUUCUGAGAAAGUCAAACUUCAACUUGUAUAAUUUUUUUUUCCCUUGUUGUAUUUCAAAUUUGUUUCUUAUUGUUAGUACCCUGUUUGAUUGCUGAGAGAGAAGUAAGAGGAGAUUAGCUGAUGGGACUCUUAGAACUAGGAAAAACAAAACAAGGUUUUCUAUUUUCAGGAGAGUAAGUUGCCUGAAAAAUUCACUGGCUUUGAGUUUGGCUAGACACUUCCCUAAUUUGAUACUUUUAUUUCUUUACUGCUAUUCGUUUUGAUUUUCAGGAUAUUGGCGAUAACGAGACUAUCAUAAAAAAUGAAGAGAAUUCCUGGUGCAGCAGAUAGGAUCAGUAAACUGCCAAGCAACAUAAUAGACGACAUUUUAGUACGCUUGCCUAUACAUGAUGCAGUGAGGACAAGUAUCUUGUCAAGGAAAUGGAGGUACAAAUGGUUAACUCUUCCACAACUUGUAUUUGAAGAUUCAUUCAGUGAACAAAUGACGAAGGAAUUGGGUGUGUUAUCUGAAGAAAAAUUAUUAGCAGCUGUUUAUCAAGCUUUAUUACUUCACAAGGGGCCCAUAGUUAAGUUCAGCUUGGCAGUUCCUGAAUUCGAAAGCUGUUCUUCGGUUGAUCAUUGGAUUCAUUUUCUAUCAUACCAUGAUAUUCAGGAGUUCUCCCUGUCCUUUUCCACAGGUUCUGCCCAUGUAUUGCCUUAUCAUAUUUUCUACUUUCUACAUUUGAGGCAUUUAAAACUUCGUCUUUGUCAGUUUAAGCCCCCACCUGCAUUUGGAGGAUUUAGUAGGCUCAUCAGCCUUGAAUUUAUCAGCAUGGACUUUGAAGCUGGACAAUUUGGGACCUUCAUCUCCAAUUCCCCAUUACUAGAACAACUGAGGGUGUUUGAUGGCUCCACUUUCAAUCACCUUGAAAUCAGUGCUCCUAAUCUCAAAAUCUUCCUCUUUAGGGGUGUUUUUGAAUCCAUCUUAUUCAAAAAUACACCAGUUCUUGCAGUAGUUUCAAUCGCUUUGAACAGAGCAGUGAACCAACGCCGAGGACAAUGUUCUAAACCAAUGAAGCUUGCUGAUUCUCUACCUGCCCUUGAGAAGCUCUAUGUGGGGUAUAACUUUUUAAAGUUGUUGAGAGCAGGAGACAGUGUAGCAGGGCCGCUGGGAAGGCCUUUAGAGCAUCUCAAAGCUCUUCAAUUUUGGAAAAUGCAUAUGGAAGAUAGGCAGGGAAUGUUGGAUGCUCUCCACUUAAUUAAAAACUCCCCCAACUUGCAGAAACUGAUAAUUGUAAUUGAGCCUUCGAGGGUGGACGUUGUGGAAAAUUUGGUGGGGCAAGAUUUCUCAGCUUGCUGUCUGAAGAAACUUGAACAGGUGGAGCUGCAUUUUAUGUCUGGUAUUGGGUCAGAAGUAGAGUUGAUAAAGCUGGUACUGGCCAAUGCACCUGGGCUUAAGAAAAUGAAAAUUAUUCCCAGUGAAAAUCUGCUUUCCCACGCCAGAGGACUCGAGAUUUUGAAGAAGUUGAUACAAUUUCCUAGAGCUUCGCCAAAAGCAGAAAUCAAAUACUCAGAUUCCAAGUCCUCUAGAAUGCGUUACAAGGAGAACAAAGGUUAUCUUUAGCAGAUGUUGCUUUGGUAGAUGUUUUGGUGAAUGUUUCUCUCCCUUUUUGGCUUUUUGUUGUGUCUGGUGAUUUAUGAAUGGAUGUAUGCUAAUUAUGCUUGCAAUGGACCUUUUGGCUACUUAACAGGCAUUAAAACUUCCUAGUUUUGU